UGGCCCAUCCUCAGGAGCCUCACCACCCCUCUGAAAAGCCAGUCAUCCACUGCCAUAAAUGUGGGGAGCCAUGUAAAGGUGAAGUACUCCGUGUUCAGGCCAGACACUUCCACAUCAAAUGCUUCACCUGCAAAGUGUGUGGGUGUGACUUGGCACAGGGAGGGUUUUUCAUCAAGAACGGGGAAUACCUUUGCACCUUGGAUUACCAGCGCAUGUACGGCACCCGCUGCAAUGGCUGUGGAGAGUUCGUGGAAGGAGAAGUAGUGACAGCUCUGGGAAAAACUUACCAUCCAAGCUGCUUUGCCUGUACUGUUUGCAAGCGUCCAUUUCCACCAGGCGAUCGCGUUACCUUUAAUGGAAGGGACUGUCUCUGUCAGAUGUGUGCUCAGCCCAUGGCCUCCAGUCCAAGAGAACUGUCUGCCUCAAGCAAUUGUGCUGGCUGUGGAAGAGACAUAAAAAAUGGGCAAGCAUUGCUAGCUCUGGAUAAGCAGUGGCACCUGGGGUGCUUUAAGUGCAAGGCCUGUGGGAAGGUCCUAACCGGGGAAUACAUCAGCAAAGAUGGUGCUCCUUAUUGUGAAAAGGACUACCAAGUGCUUUUUGGAGUCAAGUGUGAAGCAUGUCACCAGUUCAUUACUGGGAAAGUCCUAGAGGCAGGUGACAAGCAUUAUCAUCCAAGCUGUGCACGAUGCAGCAGGUGCAACCAAAUGUUCACAGAAGGAGAAGAAAUGUAUCUGCAAGGUUCCACUGUCUGGCAUCCCGACUGUAAGCAAUCCACUAAGACAGAAGAUAAGCUCCGGCCUACAAGAACGUCAUCAGAAAGCAUUUAUUCCAGACCAGGUUCCAGUAUACCUGGCUCUCCAGGCCACACUAUCUAUGCAAAAGUAGACAAUGAAAUCCUUGAUUACAAGGAUUUAGCAGCCAUUCCCAAAGUCAAGGCUAUUUAUGACAUUGAACGUCCAGACCUAAUUACUUAUGAGCCAUUCUACACUUCCGCCUACGAGGACAGACAGGAGAGACAGAGUCUUGGAGAGUCUCCAAGGACAUUAUCACCUACCCCUUCUGCAGAAGGUUACCAGGAUGUCCGGGAUCGCAUGAUUCACAGGUCUACUAGUCAGGGCUCCAUCAAUUCUCCAGGGUACAGUCGUCACAGCUACACACCCACCAUGUCACGCUCCCCUCAGCAUUUCCACAGACCUGGCAAUGAGCCGUCCAGCGGUCGGAACUCCCCUGUCCCCUAUCGGCCUGACAGUCGCCCUCUCACUCCAACUUACGCUCAGGCCCCUAAACAUUUCCAUGUUCCAGAUCAAGGUGUCAACAUUUACAGGAAACCGCCCAUCUACAAACAGCACGCUGCUUUGGCAGCACAGAGCAAGUCCUCCGAGGAUAUCAUCAAGUCCUCCAAGUUCCCAGCAGCUCAUGCACCAGCACCCAACGAGAUACCAAAGAUUGAGACGGACCACUGGCCAGGUCCUCCCUCCCUUGCUGCCAUAGGAGCUGACAUGAGGCGCAGAUCAAGUGGAAGAGAGGAAGAUGAUGAGGAGCUACAGAGGCGCCGGCAGCUGCAGGAAGAGCAGCUCAUGAAGCUCAACUCUGGUCUGGGACAGUUAAUAUUGAAAGAAGAGAUGGAAAAGGAGAGUCGCGCACAUGCUUCAGCCUCCAAAACCUCUUCUCUCCCUGGGUAUGGAAAAAAUGGACUUCACAGGCCGGUGUCUACAGAUUUUGGUCAGUACAACAGUUAUGGGGAUGUGAGUGGUGCUGUUAGAGAUUUCCAGUCCCUCCCGGAUGGUCAUGUCCCUGGAAUGAGAAUGGACAGAGGAGUAUCUAUGCCUAACAUGUUGGAGCCAAAGGCAAGUGCAGAUGUUAUUCACUUUCCUUCAAGACAGUGAAGAUUUGACUGUGAAAUGCAGAUAAAAUAUGGGAAAUGUCUUAGUUCCCUUACUUUUCUUUACCUCACCUCAGUCCCUGCUCCUUAUGUGCCAAACCUCUCCCUUUGUUCUGGACUUUGCCUGUUAACAGGUGUUAGUGCUCAGGCAGGCUGAGGGCAGCUAGGGGUGCUUCCUGGGAUAAGGAAGCUUUUCUAGAGACAAACUGAAGGAUACUGAAGGUGCUCAUAGGCAGUUCUCUCUCAGACUUUCACUAGCCAAAGCAGUAGGCCAGACUCAGUGGGAAGAUCUCAGAAUUGUCCAGUUUGAAAAGUGAUGCAGAAUACUGUGGCUCACAACACACUGUGGAGGCUGUCAUAAUGUAAAAGUUAGGGAAAUACAUGGAUCUUUGAUUGGAUGUCUGUCUGGAUCUGUUAUUUAGCUCUUGGCACUGUUAGCCUGACCACCUGUCAAUAAUGUCGAAUUCCCUAUGUGAGAAACUCUCCAGGAGAUUCAUUGGAAAAAGAGACGAUGUCAGCUAAUUAUAAUUUAAUAUACAAAUUAAAAUGCUUUUACAGCUAUGUCUAGAGAUGCCUGAGUCAAAAAUGAACAUAAUACAUAGAGGGAAUUAAACCAGAGCUGUGUUUUAAAUCUUUCUUUAUUGCUGGUGAACCUUCCAUGAAAUCAUGAUUUUGCUAAAUUUACAAGGAUCAGAAUUUCUACAGUUAAGUGAGGAGCUGGUUUUGCAAACCAGAUCACUACGUGUGCUUCCGAGUCACCUCCAGACAAACUGUACAAGGCAAUAACCCUGGCUUUAUAAGCUGAGACCCCAGAGCAAUGUAUAGUUACAAGUGGUUUUAUAUAUUAUAUAAAUAAGACCCUGGGGACAUUAUCAACUCCCGAGCUACUACUUUUUAUUCCAAAUAAUUUCUCUUUCAGUGCAAUAGAAAUUCUUAAAGCCACCACUGCUGUUGAUGCACCCAGUGAUUUGGAAUGUUAUUUUGGGUGACAAAUUCUGUCAGUAUUAUUAAUGAUAAAAUUUAUGGCAAUUUUGGUGAGAUAAUAGAACACUUUCUGUUGAUGUUUAUAAAGUUGAUGCCGGAUCCUCAGCAUGUGUGAAUUGGCACUAUUUUUAUUCAUGUCAAUGGGCCAACAGUAACUUAAACCUGAUAAAGUAAAAGAAGCUAACUCAAAGUCAGCAUGAAACACAUGCAAAAAUUAGUAACCUUAAGAAGGACCAAAUCUUACCAAAUGGUUUUCCAGAAAGGACAGAAUUUGUGCAUCCUGCCAACCCAGAUUGAGACAUGCCUUGUUAUGAAUAUUUAAAUAUAAAAUGUACUUAUGACCGUAGAUCUUGACUUAAACUCUGCCUGUUUAAAUAUGAAAAGUUACAUUUUAGUUUCCUAUAAUGCUGUAUAUGGUAGCCAUUUCCAGUAUCAAACAUAAACAAUGUAAUUCCAAGUAUAGACUUAAUUGUACAAUUGUGACAAUGUCAGAAUCUCAUAAGAAUCAUAUCUUACAAUUGGUAUGUAAGCACACGUUAUUUAAGUUAUUAUUACUUACAAUAAACUCAGUGGUGUGUUCACUGAUGCCUGAAUGUUAUUUAUUAUAUUUUUGAAAAGUUCAUUGGGACAAUU